GGCUCAGGCGCCUCAUGAGACUAUUCCCACACAAAUGCGAGUUCCGUUGUCAUUUAUCUUGCCAGAAACAACCCAUGCUAGUCAUGAAUUGGAUCUAGCGGCAUUUACCACAAGAUUGGGGGUUCUUCGCCACCACAACAUCUUCUGAACGGAUUUCCCUGUCGAAAAACACCUCUGCGCAUCUCUUAUGUUCUACCCCAACGGAAUUGGCAUACUUGGAACUAACACAGUUCUCAAUGUCCAGGUUGUUUACAGAGUGGCUUGGAAUGUAUUUGCAACUUACACCGGCCUUAUCUCUGACUGUGGCACCUAUCAAUCGCUCUCCGACCGGGUCCGUCUCUUCCCCGUUUCGUCCAAACGAAGGCGUUUCCACAAUGUCUGGCCCGUGCCUAGCGGAGGUAAUAUAUAUACAACACCGGUUGGAGAUCAAGAAGCUCUACUCCGUAAAGCUCGGAGGUUUUGUAUUCAGGCAGGAAAUGUUACAAAGGUUCAAGAUAAGGCUAUGACGCGUGGAACGAAGGCUACAUAAAUGGAAGAUCAGACCCGGUUAUCACGGAGACCCCUUUUGCCUU